UGUCUAGGAGCCGGCCCGGCUACGCAGUCCUGUAAAUCCCAGCGCUGAGGUCGCAAGUUCGAGUCCAUCCUGGGAGGAUGGAACCUGAGCGAGACUAUCUCGAAAUUUAAAAAUAAAUGUUAAAGGGCGGGAGAUGUAGCCUAGUAGCAGAGCGCCCAUUGGUUCAAUGGCCAGUAACAGGGGGAAGUCUACUUCCAACUGGAUCAAUCUAGCAGCUCGUCUGGAGCCUGGCCGCCUCUCUCACCUCACCUUCCCCAGCUUUGCCCAGACUGACGCUGAGAAAAUAUUUCUUAAAUGAACGCGUUGCUUUUUGAGCCUUCUGCGCUAAGCUCUGAACUUUUCCAGAACAGGGACAUGGCUGACUCCAUCUUCCGUCAUCAGGGCCCUACCGAAGAAGUGGUUCCUGCCCUGGAUAAUGUCACAGGUGUGCUGGGGAUGUCAAACAUUCACUGUGGCGCAUGGAGCCACGCGCUGGGGAGAAGCCAAAUUUUUCUGUCAGUUCCACAGGUUUUUAUGGCGUGUCUGUGUGCCCCAGUACUGUGGAGGGAGGCUGAAGGGACACUAAAGGUAGUUCAAAUACAAUCUCUCCAGCUCUCCAUUUUAGAGACAAGGAAGCAGACCCAGGAAGGGACCUUUAGGUCCACUACAGUCGGACCACACCAGCACCCCAGCUCCUGAAGACCUUUUGAAGGAGACACCGCUGGCCUGCGGCCUGUGUGUGGGGCCAGAUAUGGAGGGAGGACAGCUGCCCUGCCCGAGGAACCCAUGCCUUGUGGUGCGGUGACCUGUCCCUCCCACCUUCCUAGAUCCUCUGAGUAUCAUCUUUAGCUGAGCUUAAAAAGCCCAGAGAAAAUACCUUUCAUUUCAAGUGGUUCAACAUAAAACUGAACUUCUCAGAGAAAUUUUUAAAAUUUAUGAAUGAGAAGAACCUGAUCUCAUGACCUUCUCAGGAACUGAUAUUUUCCAUCUUUUUGCAUUCUAGAACCCUGUAAAUUCACUAUUUAGCAUCCAGCAGGGGUCUUUCUUGUACACUGGUGCUUCCUGGGCCUCCUAGAAUCACCAUGGAGGAGGAGGUGGAGGAGGAGCCCAGGCUACACAGGUCCACAGCUCCCAAGGACUUCCACUUUUAUCACAUGGAUCUGUAUGACUCUGAAGACAGACUACAGAGCUUCCCAGAAGAAAACACUAGACCGAGGAGAGAAAUAGUGCAAGCUGAGGGUGGGCCAGGGCAGGCAGGGGAAGGCCAAGCUCAAAGAGACCUCCAAGAAGAAGUAGAUGAACUCGUCCAUUUAUAUGGACUAGAGGAUGACCAUGAGUUAGGGGACGAGUUUGUUGAUGAAGACAGAAUGGGGACGUCAGUGUAUCCUCCUUAUGGACUGAAGAGGAAAGAGCCGGCCAGGGAGCAGAGAGACUGGAGACUUGGCAGAGGAGAAGAUGAGGCUGAGGACCAGGGCUAUGCAGGGUGGGGCAUGGCCAGCCAGAGCCAGGCCUUGCGGGAAGCCUACGGGUAUACACAUGGCCGUGCCAGCGAGGAGUACGAAUGCUACGUCAUCCCAGAGGAGGAGGAUGAGGAAGAAGCUGCUGAUGUCUUCUGUGUCACGUGUAGAACCCCAAUCAGAGGUGUUGAGAAGGACUUUGAUGAGCACAAGGAGCACGAAGUAACUCCACUCAGUAAAGCCUUGGAGAGCGCCAAGGAUGAAAUUCACAAAAACAUGUACAAGUUGGAGCAGCAGAUUAUCGAGAUGGAAAAUUUUGCAAGUCACUUGGAGGAGGUUUUCAUCACUGUGGAGGAGCAUUUUGGAAGACAAGAACAAAACUUCGAGUCACAUUACAAUGAGAUCUUGGAAACACUUGCCCAAAAAUAUGAAGAAAAAAUACAAGCUCUAGGAGAGAAAAAGAAAGAGAAGCUGGAGGCCCUGUAUGCACAACUGGUCAGUUGUGGGGAAAACCUGGAUACCUGCAAAGAACUGAUGGAAACCAUAGAGGAGAUGUGUCAUGAGGAGAAGGUUGAUUUCUUAAAGGAUGCAGUGGCCAUGACUGACAGGCUCGGGAAAUUCUUGAAAACAAAAACAGAUGUGGAAAUCUCUGCCCAGCCUGACUUUGAAGACCAGACCUUGGACUUCUCUGAUGUGGAACAGCUGAUGGGUUCCAUGAACACCAUUCCCGCUCCUUCUGCUCCAGUGAUAAACCCACAGGCCCCCAACUCAGCCACGGGUUCCUCUGUCCGAGUGUGCUGGAGCCUAUACUCCGAUGAUACUGUGGAGAGCUAUCAGUUGUCCUACCGGCCAGUGCAGGAUAGCCCACCUGGGAAGGACCAAGAAGAGUUUACAGUGACCGUCAAAGAAACAUACUGCUUAGUGACGAACCUUGAACCAAAUACCCAGUAUGAAUUCUGGGCCAUAGCUGAGAACAGGGCUGGCCCCAGUCCCUCCAGUGAGCAUGCAGUAUACAUGACAGCCCCUUCUCCCCCCAUUAUAAAAAGUGAGGAGAUAAGGAGCUGCGAAGAGGCCGUGCUCAUCUGCUGGGACUCUGGGAACCUGAAUCCUGUGGACUCCUACACUGUGGAGCUGACCCAGGUGGAAGCGCCAGCAACCUCAGGGGUCACUGAGUCUGUGGUUGGCAUCCCGACCUGCGAGUCACUGAUACAGCUACAUCCCGGGCAGAGUUACAUGAUCUGUGUGCGAGCCCUGAAUGUGGGGGGCCCCAGCGCCAGGAGUGAGCCUGCUACAGUCUGCACCACAGGAAGCUACUUUCCCCUGAACAAGGCCACUUGCCACCCCUGGCUGAACAUUUCAGAAGAUGGGUUUAUGGUGAUCCGAAGUGAAAGGAAAAGCCUCACUUGGGAGCCACUGCCCAGCCAGACCCAGUUCACCAGGUGUGUUGCUGUCAUGGGAAAUCUAAUUCCAGUCCGAGGGUGCCAUUACUGGGAGGUGGAGGUGGAUGAGUGUUUGGACUACACGGUUGGUGUGGCCUUUGAAGAUGUCCCUAAGCAGGAGGACCUGGGCGCAAAUGGCCUCUCCUGGUGCAUGAGGCACACAUUUGCCUCAUCAAGGCAUAAGUAUGAAUUUCUGCACAACAGGACAACUCCAGAUAUAAGAAUAACUGUUCCCCCAAAGAAGAUCGGCAUUCUAUUAGACUAUGAGAAUUCAAAGUUGUCUUUUUUCAAUGUGGACAUUGCUCAGCAUCUGUACACAUUCACUUGUCAGCUUCGACAAUUUGUGCACCCCUGUUUUUCUCUGGAAAAGCCUGGGUGUCUAAAGAUAUGUAAUGGCAUUUCAAUACCAAUGCACGCCACUUACUAUUAGACCUUUCUGAUGUCUUUCCUUCUUAAUUUCUGUGCCGUCUUCUACCACUCGUGCCUCAGUUGGCUGAAUCUGGCAUUCAGGCACCUGUAUUUGGUGUAAUCUGUGGUUCAUGUAAUUGGUGGCAGGCUGAUGUGCUGACACUUCUUUCCCUGAUCUCGAGUCUAGUCCUGGGCACUGCUGCCUAUGUAACGCUAGGGCAGUCUCAACAGGCUGAGCUGUAAAAUGAAGGAAACAAGGCAUCUAAGUGAACUCAAAGGGCUCUCAAGGGAUCAAGCUGCAUUUGUCCGUAUCUGUAAGAGAGUAUGUCUCUGAGGCCUCUGGAGCUCAGGAAAGUCUUGAAGCUUUAGCAGCCCCUGCUAUUUGUAUUUCAUCAGUUACCAAGAACAGACCUGGCAAUGUGAGAGGCUGCCCUUACAGGGCCUCUGAGCCUCCUGCUAAGUGGCGCACCGGAUAGUCAGUAAUGCCCCAUCCUCACUCUCACAGUGCUCAUGCCCCUCUGGCUUUGAAAUCACCUCUGUCACUAGCACUUCCAUAAAGGCAGGGACAGUGUCUGUCUCAUUCAUCACUUGUACCUCAAGGACUAACACACAGCAGGUGUAGCCCAAUACUUGUUAAAUAUUUUUACCAACCACUGCUGUUUGGCCUCGCUGCUCUCCAUGUGAGCCAUAGCGAGCACUUUGAAAACUCCAGCAUAAGACCACUGGCCAGACAGGAUGAAGACACCUGAAGCAAAGAGGGCACCUGGGGCACUCCUUACUACUGCUGCACACUAACACAUACUGCAGCCUCCACCUGAACAUGGGGCUUCCACUGUGUGUGAUGGGAAGAGGGAGGGUGAGGAUACAAAAGAAAACAUUGGUUGCAAGUGAUUCUAGGAAUGCUUCUGCAAUGUGAAAAGCCAGAUUUGAAAUCGGAAGGCCAGGAUUUGACUACUUUCCCUCAUAACAUGGAAAAGUCACCUUAUUUUUCAGUGUUUGUUUCCUUUCAAACCAAGGGAAAUGUAAUACUACUUGUCUCAGGAUUAGCAGACUUAAUGACAAAACUAAGAGCCCUUAACGAUACACAGCAUAUAGUAAGUGUAACAUUUCUUAAAUCUCCACCCACCAAGGAGCAGUGCUGUGCACUAGAAAGCAGUGGGUGGUCUCUAGCCAGCGGCUCUUGGGUAGCCUGCCUAAAGGCCCUGUGCCAUCCAGUGACUUUGGGGCCCAGCUGUCAGGUGCAUUCCUGGUUCUCUAGCUCACAUCCCCAGCUGCCAUGGAAGCUCUGCACACAGCACUGCCAAAGCUGAGUCAAGAUGCAAAGAAGUCCACUAGUGGAGCAAUUAGCAGCAGAGACAAUUUAGUACCCUGUGCCAUGGAUGCCUCUCUAAACACAACAUACCCUAAGGUCAUCACUUAAGGUUUCCUUAGGUGAAAAAUCAUUUAUUUUAAACUCUCAAGUUUUCUAGUACACUCAAAGUCUGACCCAUGGGACACCUGUCAUCUUCUAUGGAACUGUCUACUUGUGUGAAAAGCAGCUCAGAUUCCCAAAUUAACCACCCUAACAGUGUAAUAGCUUGUUACACACACACACACACACACACACACACACACACACACACACACACACACAUAUAUACACACCUGAAACACACACACAUACACAACUGCCAUGACAAGCUGGAUCGCCUUCCCUGAAAUAAGGUGCAGCAGAUUUAAGUACAGAAAUUGUUUAGUCGUAAACAAUUAAAAUAUACACAUGUACACACUCAAAAAUGUUUCCAGCUAUUGAAACAGAAAUUACCAAGUAGUAAAUAAGGUAUCACACCUCGGACAUGUUUGAAUACAGGGUUCUAUUAGACUUUAUGGAAUAUUGCACAAGUAAUUUGAACAUGGAUAAAAUUUGACACUUGUUUAGAUUUUAAUAAAGUAUUUGACCAAGAAUAAACUGUCUGGCAUCAUCUUUAACAUUUAAAAUUCACUUAAUUUAAAGAAGGAAACAACCAACUUCAAGGAUCACAGUUAUUUA